AUGUAUACAUUGUUCCCGCAGCAUCCUGGGAAUAUUGCAGUUGAUGAUGUCAAUGGUGGAAGAUUGAUCUUCUAUGAUUUUGGAAUGAUGGGGAGUAUCAGUCCAAACAUUCGAGAAGGUUUGCUUGAAACAUUUUAUGGGGUUUAUGAGAAAGAUCCAGACAAGGUUCUACAAGCUAUGAUUCAAAUGGGAGUUCUUGUCCCUACUGGAGAUAUGACUGCUGUUAGAAGAACGGCACAAUUCUUCCUUAACAGUUUUGAAGAGCGCCUGGCUGCACAAAGGCGCGAGAGAGAAGAAGCAACUACUGAACUUGGAUUCAAAAAACCAUUAAGCAAGGAGGAAAAAAUUAAGAAGAAGAAACAACGUCUGGCUGCUAUUGGUGAAGAUUUAUUAUCUAUUGCAGCAGACCAGCCAUUUCGAUUUCCUGCUACAUUCACAUUUGUUGUUAGAGCCUUCUCAGUAUUGGAUGGCAUCGGAAAGGGGCUUGACCCACGUUUUGACAUUACUGAGAUUGCCAGACCUUAUGCCCUGGAGUUGCUAAGGUUUCGUGAAGCUGGGGUUGAAGUUGUCCUAAAGGACUUCAGGAAGAGAUGGGAUAGACAAUCUCAAGCAUUUUACAACUUGUUCAGACAGGCUGAUAGGAUUGAUAAGCUUGCUGAAAUUAUCCAAAGACUGGAGCAAGGUGAUCUGAAGCUUCGAGUUAGAACUUUGGAAUCUGAGAGGGCAUUCCAACGUGUUGCUGCAGUCCAGAAGACUAUAGGAAAUGCAGUAGCUGCUGGGAGCCUGAUCAAUCUUGCAACAGUUUUGUAUCUCAAUUCAAUUCGUGUGCCUGCCUUUGUAGCAUAUAUAUUCUGUGCAAUCUUUGGUUUUCAAGUGCUCUUGGGCAUUAUAAAGGUCAAGAAGCUAGAUGAACGGGAACGAUUGAUAACAGGGACUGCAUAA